UGGAAACCAACUUUCGACUGUUGUGAAUUUAAAAUUCAGAUCCGUUAGAACUGUGCCACCUCCUCCCCUGCCAUAUUGUGAUUGACACAUUUUCCGGCGAAAGUAAUAGAAACAGUCAAUUUUCUUCCGAUCAAGACCUUCAGCCCUAAACAUUUAAUUCAUAGUAAAUUAAAUGGGCUCGAUCGCUUGAAAUGGAAUAUUACACCGUCGAUCGGUCUUCGCUAUUCGUCUGUGGAAUGCACGCAAUUUGUGAUCAACGAAAAUCCGCCAUGAUUCAGUGAAACGUGAAGUGUGCUCCUGCUCUCACCAAUAAAUUUGUUGAAAUUAAAAAACAGAAACACGAUAGAUUACCGCAAUGGUUAUUCCUGGACUCGCUGAAUACAUAAACCCGAAGCGAUAUUUUCUCGUGGAUCCACAUCCCCUGGAGGGCUUGGAUCUAGUCGUAGACGGUGUUGACCUAUGUUGCAAUCUCUACGAAAAAAUAGACAAAGAGAUGGGCGUGUCAAAUGCAAUGUACGACAUUUUCUUCGAUACCACCAAGAGCUUCUUCGAGACAAUGCUCAUUUGCAACGUUCGCCCAAUCGUCAUUCUCUAUAGCGUUGACAGUUUGACGAAAAAGGACUACUUGCUGAAAUUCAAAGACCAAAUCCACAACGUAGUACAUCGAAAAUCCAUAGCCUUUCCUGACCUCAUACGUCACGUAUUCGUCAGUGUUCUACAGAGCCUUGACCUACAAUUCGUCCAAACAAUAACAGAAGCUGAUGAGACGAUAUUCGCUGUUGCCCAGGCCCUCAGGUGCCCAAUUCUAUCACGAAACAGUGACUUCUUCCUGCGUACCACACCAUUCGUACACACUGACUCACUGAGUCCACAGGUUGACAGAAUAGAAGGUACGUCAAAUUUUUCAUUAUUCUGUCAAAUGUACUCUCUGGGAAAACUCUGCGCAAUCUAUGAGCAUGUGAACGCACCUCUGUUACCUCUGGCGUUGGCCUUUCUUCGGCAGAAGUACGAUAGCACCUUCCUCGACGCUAGCGUAAUUAAACCUCUGUUUGAUCGGUUAUUGGCGAUGGCGCCGCCUUCCUCUCCGCGUUAUGAAAUUCAAAGAAUUCAACAACUAUUGUUGUGGCUGAGUCCGUUUCGUACGUUGGACGAGGCCGUCACAACAGCGCUUACUUGCAUUGAACCUAGCCAAAGAUCAAAAAUCUACGAUGACUUAAAACGGUACGUCAAUGACCUUGGGUAUUGCUCACCGCUGGUCUUUACCGGCCUAGAUCUCGCGGAGGAAGUUGUUACACAGUUGAAAGAGGAUAACCGGGACAGGGAACUUUUGCACCAGAUGGAGAAAAAUGUGCAACCAAAAGUGGAAGACUUCAAGUAUAAUGAACAGGAAAUCCUCGAUAUGCUUCCGAGUUGGCUUAGGGACGAGGUCAUGAAAGGUCAAGUCCCAGAGCUCAUUUUUGAGUUACUCCUACAUUCAAGAGCUUUUCUGAAGCCGUUUAAUGAAUUGUACGGCUAUGCGUCCACGGGAAUAAUCAGUCUUCCUAUCAUCAAGGCGAUUUACAGUCUUCUCUGCACAUUACGCGGCGAAGAAGAGAAUACCUUGGAGAUUAUUUUUGCGAGGGAUGACCAAAUAUGCAUGGAUAACUCUACGAUUCUGAAAUGGCCAGACAGCCUGGAUGACAUCAAUACGAUGGAUCAAUCUCAAAGACAAACCAUCAUUGAUGAAGUUCUUGGAGUUGAGGGAAUUGUGUCACUUCAAGAAAUGCCAAGCUAUUGGAGACUCUAUGCAAGUGUCAUUGUCUAUUGGAUGAAGGAGGAUGCGCCGCCUGAAAAGACGAAGAAUCAUCUGUUCAGUGCGAUACUGAUGAUGCUGCUUGGGAUAGUGGAUGAAAAGAUCGGAUGUUUGAGAACAACGGAGACUUUCAUGAAUAGGUAUCUAAGCAAGUACAGGAUAAUUGCUUCGAGGGCUGUUGAAGAUAGUAAGAAAAUGAAAGGAACGAGUCUGGAGGAGAUGUUACAAGCAGUGACAGAAGAUGACUGCAUCGCAGCGUCAUCAUUUUUCUCAUCAAUUAUGAAAAUCUAUAUGUCGGGAACUGAUUCGACGGACGUUAAAUAUGUUUUUGCACAGCUUCACAGCUGUUUAGAAAAUGCAAUUCAUUUGAAUACUCUGGUAGGGUCUCCUUACCAGAGGAUCCAGGUGCACAGGGUUUAUAAUGGACAACUGAUUUAUAAGUUUUUUGAGAUUCUUUCAAGGCACACAAAUAUUGACAGUUUUUUACGAAAUGAGUUGGAGCAUGCAGUAGUCAUUAGAACGAUUUUCACUAAAUUGAAAGAUCUGAUGUUGGGAAUAAUUGGGGAACCAGUGAGAAUGCCUUUUUCUGAUGCUAAUUAACAAGAUACAGUCAACAGGUGUAAGUAUUGUGCAAUGAAUGUUUGAGAUCUUUUCAGAUAAUAUUGUCAUGUACGUUGGGUUUUUUAAACAUUUAUCUUAUAUUGGGAGGAAAUAUUUAUUUUGUGGGCAGAAGUUUUUUGGAUAGAUCAGAAUUUAUUUAUUUUCAGUCUGUUGAUAAAUUGUUUAUAGGUAUUCUCUGUUAAAAUUAGUUAUAGUUUCGUCGAGUAAUGAAUGAACGGUGUGAAUGUGAUAGAGAUCCUGACAUCAGCCACAGGAGCAUAAUUUUUUGUAUAAAGUAUCGCCUGGCUUUUGCGAAAAUCUAGUCGGCACGGUAAUCUCUAUUAUUUUAAAUUGAAGAUUGUGAUUUCCGCAAAUUUACAAAUUCAAAGUGCUAUGAUUAAGAUAUUGUCAAGGAGUAGAAGGACGAUUAUUUCAAUUUGGAAGUUAUGAAUUAUGAGAAAUUGCAUGAGAGAUUUUUUUGUGAUGGUAAAUAAUUAAGAAAGCGCCAUGAUAUUAGAGUACAAAUAGUGAGUAAUUAUUAUAUCAAUGAUCCUCAACAUUUAGUUUAGAUUUUUUAUGAUAUAUGUAUUGCCUUGAGAAUCAUGUUUUUGAAUAAAUUAUAAUCUAUUUUUCAGUCCA